AUGGUUGAGGAAAAGAAUAAGGUCGUGAAAUUGGCUCGUCGUACUUCAAAUUCACAUGCAGCAUGGCACUACUCCUUGGAUUUAACCAUGCUUGGUCAUUGGGUUAAGAAGUUUUCUCAAACCCCAUCUUCUUCUUCUCAAAAGAAUAUACAAAGUAUUGGCUCUGGGCACCAUGCACUUUUUCCUGAAGAAGAGUCUCAACUUUUUGAGUGGAUAAUAGAUGUUUGCCAGAAUGGUUUUGCAGUCACUUACUCUAAUAUAAAAUUUAAAAUGGCUGAAAUUUUGGAUAAUAGUACUAAAAAAAACCAAAGAUAA